UGCUGUUCGCACUUCACAAAGAGCUGAGAGGUGUAGUGUGUUACAACACGCAGCACAUGCACUCAACUGGGAACGAGAUGAUGACUCCAUCUGUGGUCUUUGUCUUGCUGGCUGUUCUAGGACAGACCAGCGCCACAUUUGAUACUAAUAUUGCUAGAGGAGGAAAGGUGAUUCAGUCCUCCCUGUAUGGGAAUGCCGUCCCUGAAAGGGCCAUUGAUGGAAAUCGUGCUAGCAACCUGGGACAGGGAUCCUGUAGCGUCACACGAACAGAUUUCAAACCAUGGUGGAGACUGGACCUCGUGAAGACAUAUCAGAUCAACACCGUCACCAUCACCAACAGAAGAGAUUGUUGCGCCGGGAGAAUCAAUGGUGCUGAGAUCCGCAUUGGAAAUUCCCUCAAUGACAAUGGCAACGGUAACCCCAGAUGUGCUGUUAUCUCGUCUAUCAAAGCUGGGACCUCCCAAACCUUUGUGUGUAAUGGAAUGGAAGGUCGUUAUCUCAACAUUGUGAUUCCUGGAAGACGAGAAUACCUGACACUGUGUGAGGUGGAAGUCACUGGUCAGGCUUUAGAUCCUAAUAUUGCUAGACGUGGAAACGCCAUUCAGUCCUCCCUGUAUGAGAAUGAAGUCCCUGAAAGGGCCAUUGAUGGGAAUCGUGCUAGCAACUUGAGAGAGGGAUCCUGUACCCACACUAAGAAAGAUUUAAAACCAUGGUGGAGACUGGACCUCCUGAAGACAUAUCAGAUCAACACUGUCACCAUCACCAACAGAGGAGAUUGUUGCGCUGCGAGAAUCAAUGGUGCUGAGAUCCGCAUUGGAGAUUCCCUCAAUGACAAUGGCAAUGAUAACCCCAGAUGUGCUGUUAUCUCGUCUAUGGCAGCUGGGACCUCCCAAACCUUUGUGUGUAAUGGAAUGGAAGGUCGUUAUGUCAACAUUGUGAUUCCUGGAAGACAAGAAUUCCUGACACUGUGUGAGGUGGAAGUCACUGGUCAGGCUUUAGAUCCUAAUAUUGCUAGACGUGGAAACGUGAUUCAGUCCUCCCUGUAUGGGAAUGAAGUCCCUGAAAGGGCCAUUGAUGGGAAUCGUGCUAGCAACCUGGGACAGAGAUCCUGUAGCGUCACUAUGAAAGACUUAAAACCAUGGUGGAGACUGGACCUCCUGAAGACAUAUCAGAUCAACACUGUCACCAUCACCAACAGAGGAGAUUGUUGCGCCGGGAGAAUCAAUGGUGCUGAGAUCCGCAUAGGAAAUUCCCUCAAUGACAAUGGCAACGGUAACCCCAGAUGUGCUGUAAUCUCAUCUAUCAAAGGUGGGACCUCCCAAACCUUUGUGUGUAAUGAAAUGGAAGGUCGUUAUAUCAACAUUGUGAUUCCUGGAAGACGAGAAUACCUGACACUGUGUGAGGUGGAAGUCACUGGUCAGGCUACAGGAAUCACUGCUCCAACUGAUAUUAAUAUUGCUAGAGGUGGAAAAGUGAUUCAGUCCUCCCUGUAUGGGAAUGAAGUCCCUGAAAGGGCCAUUGAUGGGAAUCGUGCCAGCCACCUAGGACAGAAAUCCUGUAGUGUCACUAAGACGGAUUUCAAACCAUGGUGGAGACUGGACCUCCUGAAGACAUAUCAGAUCAACACUGUCACUAUCACCAACAGAGGAGAUUGUUGCGCCGGCAGAAUCAAUGGUGCUGAGAUCCGCAUUGGAAAUUCCCUCAAUGACAAUGGCAACGGUAACCCCAGAUGUGCUGUUAUCUCGUCUAUCAAAGCUGGGACCUCCCAAACCUUUGAGUGUAAUGGAAUGGAAGGUCGUUAUAUCAACAUUGUGAUUCCUGGAAGACAUGAAUACCUGACACUGUGUGAGGUGGAAGUCACUGGUCAGGCUUUAGAUACUAAUAUUGCUAGAGGUGGAAACGUGAUUCAGUCCUCCCUGUACGAGAAUGAGUUCCCUGAAAGGGCCAUUGAUGGAAAUCGUGCUAGCAACCUGGGACAGAGAUCCUGUAGCGUCACUAACAAUGAUUUUAAACCAUGGUGGAGACUGGACCUCCUGAAGACAUAUCAGAUCAACACUGUCACCAUCACCAACAGAGGAGAUUGUUGCCACGAGAGAAUCAAUGGUGCUGAGAUCCGCAUUGGAGAUUCCCUCAACAACAAUGGCAACAAUAACCCCAGAUGUGCUGUUAUCUCGUCUAUGGCAGCUGGGACCUCCCAAACCUUUGUGUGUAAUGGAAUGAAAGGUCGUUUUGUCAACAUUGUGAUUCCAGGAAGACGAGAAUACCUGACACUGUGCGAAGUGGAAGUCACUGGGACAGCAUCAUAGGAAACUGAUUCUAACCCUAAACUGAUUCUAACCCUAAUUUCUUAGUUUAUGUUCACUUAUUCUAACGCUAGUCUAUGCAAGUUUGCGUAUUUACUGUGCUUUUGCUUCGCACACAGAGCAUAUUUUAAGUAAAACACUUUAUGUGGUAUUACAUAUCAUAAGGUCAGGACAUCAUACAAUCGUAUGCUGGAGCUUUAUGUAAAACUGAUUCAGAUGGUUGUUUUAUACAUUAGCUAACAUAAAAUAAAGGCUAUGGUUCAAAUUUAAAUAGCGAACAAAAGAGAUACAGCUCUAGUAACUGAUUAUACCUACUAUUCUGUACCAUGAAAGCAGCGAGAGAUGCAUUAUUAAACAGAACUGUGGGAAAAUGAAAGCAAUGGGUGAGAAAUGAUAUACAGUGCACUGGCUGCAUUGUAUUUGUUGUAAUUUUUCUUGGGCUUGUUUCUAUCUACUGUACUUAAAUGUACUUGCAAAAUAAACAUUACUUUUAAAGCUAA